AGGAAGGAGCCUUCAUCUUGGCAAAGCCGCACGUCAUCGCCCAUUGCGUGCAUUGCAGUCAAGGGCAGCCACAGCCAGAGCGGUCCAGGAACAGCGCAGCCUCAUUCGGUCCUUGACUUUCCAUUCAGAGUGUUGCUUCUCACCCAGAGCCGGCAUCAUGGUGCAGCCUCCGUCGCUAGCAGCUCUCUACGAGCUCAAGACGUCGACGCAGCCGCCGCUCGAGCAUCAAUUGCGCUUACUGCGCACCAUCAAGAACGACAUCGUCGGCCACGGCCAGCGCAAGAAGCUCGUCGUCCGUCAUGGCCUGCUUGAUUGCCUGGUCCAUCUCCUGUCGUCUUCCCCGGAUGCCGAAGUCCAGCUCCAGGCCACUCUGAUUGUCGCCAGCCUCGCCGAAGAGGGCUCUGCCUUUGUUGCGCCCAUUCUCCACAGCAACUGUAUCCAACCCCUCUUGCUAUCGCUCCCUCCGCGACAAUCCCUCCCCAAGCUCGUCACUGCUUCUCUCCGCGCCGUCAAUGCUCUUGCCAUCUCGUGGACCCUCUCACCUACUCCUGACCCGUCCUUCGUCCACCAUGUCUUUACCAAGUACACCAUUGCCUCGUUCCUCGAAAUCCUCCGCCAGCCUCUUCCUACCACUAAACAACAACUCCACAUCGCCUUGACCUCCUCCUUGCUGGCAACAUGCUGUGCUUAUAGUGACCAGUUGCGCUCAGCUUUGGUCCACCAAGGCCUUCUGGAUGCUCUGGCUACAAACCUCGCCAGCUUUGCGACUGUCUACAACCGUAACCCCCAGUCGAACCAUGCACAACUGGACAUCACAACUCUCCUCAAUGCCAUAUCCAGCAUCGUGCGCCACUCUACCUACCGAGCCCACCGUCUCAUCUUCUCCAACGACCUGAGGCGCAUCUUCUCCCACUCGUCCGACUCAUAUCCCUCAGACCCCAUCCAGACUCUCGACUAUAAUCACCAACACUAUCGCAGAAAUACUAACAUUGUUCCUGUCGAUUCUCUUCUUCCCAAAGUCAUGGUUCCUCUCCAAAAAUCCCUCGCUUUCGGCCACCAUGCUCUCAUCAACUCUAGACUCUUCUCAGAACACUCCGCUACCAAUGUCUCGGUGGACUCGCCCCUCUGCGUCUGGCUGAUGUAUCUCGCACGCUCUCAACAAGACCCUUGCUGUCGUUUAGCUGCCCUCCGUCUUCUGGCAAUCCUUAAUGAUGCUCUCGAUGCAGAUGUCGCGGCCCCUCGUUCCGACAUGACCGCGAGAUCAAGAGAAAGAGAAAGACAAAUGGCCUUGUUUGCAGUACCUAUCGCUGUCAAGCUUGUCCAAGACGCCUUGGAUACAUCGUACGGUGAGGAUUUGGCCGUGACAAAGGAGGAUGCUUGCUCUGUUCUGGCCCAUCUCAUCGAGAAUAGCACCGAGCUUCAGCAAGCUGCUUUGGAUGCGGGCGCGGUCAAGUAUGUCUCACAGCUCUUCAGAAAGUCCUUUGAUCCCAUCACCCUCGCCAGGCCUAUGUGGUCUGCAAAUCCUCAAGCUCUAGAUUCGCAGAAUCCUCUUACUCUUUCUACUACGCUCGGAGAUAGCGGUCUUGCCCCUGAAGUUAUGCAUGCUAUGAAGUGUAGAGCAGGUGCAUUAGAUGCUCUUGCCGCAGUUGCCGAGAAAGAAGAUGUCAACCGCAAAGCAGUCAUUGACAGUGGCAUUGUCUCCAAUCUGAUCGACUCGCUUGCACCUAUCAGUGUGUUUGACCCAUCUGUAAUUCCUUCGAAAAAUGGGAACACAGUACCAGUUCUGCUCGCCGCUUGUCGCGCAGCUACGGCUCUGUCGAGAUCGGUCAGUCUUUUGCGCACUGCGCUUAUCGAUGCCGGUAUCACGAAACCCAUAUUCGCCCUUCUGGCAUAUCCCGACGUUGACGUGCAGAUUGCUGCGACCAACGUCAUCUGCAAUCUUGUUCUAGAAUUUAGUCCAAUGCGCCAGGAUCUCGUUGCUGCUGGGGUUGUUACAACUUUGUGUGAACAAGCAAAACGCUCCAAUUCAAAGUUGCGUCAAGCAUCACUCUGGGCCUUGAAGCAUCUGGUUCUCAACUCUCCCAAGGAUAUGAAAAUUGAAUGUCUAGAGCAACUAGGAACUGGUUGGCUUAUCCAGGCAGUGAAUGGAGCAUCUCAGCCUGGUUCAACCGUACCUUUGGGAAGUAUCAACGCUGCAGGUGAACAAGUCGAUCUGCUGAACACCCCUGAUACUGGAAUGGACAUGGACUGGACCGAGCAAGAGGAAAGCGAUGACGAGGACGGGGAGAUUCUGUUGGACCACAACGGUACACGCUACCAGGAUAGCGGUCUCAGGUCCACGCUGGAUACUACCAACUACAAAGCGCAUCUGCGCCUGCUCCGCAGAAACGAACAGGAUCCGGCUGUCCAAGCAAAACACGAUGAUAUGUUGGUUCAAGAACAGGCUCUGGACUUUAUUCGGAACUUGAUAAACGGCGACGACAAUGUCGCCAUGAUUGAACAUCUGAACAACGUCCUGGGAGCGAAUCGACUCUUCGAGAUGCUUCAUAACAAACUCCGACCAGUCUCUUUCCGUUCCAGUUCGCCGCUGGAUUCUCACAAGGAAACAGCAUAUUCGCCUCAAUCACAUCAAUCAAAUGCCGUAUGGCAACCUCCAGAGCUCAUCAAUGCUGCUCUGGGAGUUAUUAUACACGUGGCUGGUGGAUCAUCCAAACACCGUCAACAGUUGAUAGCGCAGAAGCCCCUGCUGACUGCAUGGCUGCCGCAUUUCUCCCACACUGACCGGCGUAUUCGUGUAGCGUCUGUCUGGGCUAUCAUCAACCUCACCUGGGUGGAUAGUGCUGCUGAUCGUGAGGAAGCAAAAGCCAGAGCACAAGAGCUCAGAUCUUUUGGUAUAGAUGAGAAGGUUCGCGCAUUGGCCGAAGACAUCGAUGCUGAUACCCGUGAAAGGGUAAAAACAGCCGUGCGACAGAUCGAUGAGCUUCUCGAAGGCGGUCGAUAUCGAUGACUCCUUGACAUGGCCUGAGGGCCUUGACUCAUGAAAAAUAUGAACGCCUUGCACAUAGGUCACGAACGAAAUGUAAAUGUAUCAUAGCAUAUGCCACCACUAUCACUUCUGACAGCUGGAACUCCAAUUUGAGUGAAGUCGCGUGAUAGCCAUGCCUGAAUUACCCGGAGCUGUGAUACUUUUGGUUGAACUCGUCUACCAUCUUCCUUGCAGCAGACACGAUAUCGACUGCUCCUGGGCUGUCUGAAUGACAACAGAGAGACACUUCAUGAUCGCCCAGAGGCAAUUCAACAUCCUCUCCUGUGACAGCAGUCACCGAAGAAUUCUCCAGUUGUGAUUUGAUGUGCUGAGCAGUCUCUUCUUGCGUCCAUGC